UUAGGUUAGUGUUAAUGCACUUUGAACACGUUUUUUAUACAUUUACGUUAAAAAAUCGUGCAUAAAUAAUUAAAUCUGUCCAUUACCGAGCAAUUUUAUUAAUAUUAUGCCUUCGGCCAUCAUGGAAUGCACCGAUUUUAGUGAAUUUCAGGAAGCACUGAAAAACCUGCGGAAGACUGACGACAUUAUAAUAAAUACAAUAAAUACCGUUGUACCUACAGACUCGUUUCAUGCAGACGCAGCAACGGCAUGUAAGAAUCUACACGAGUCGUUGGAGGAGGGAAAUAUAAAAAGGGAGAAGUACAUAAAAAACUGCAUAUCCGUUGCAGCGGACAGAGUGAAAAGACUUAGGGAGGAACGGGAGGCUAAUGCUGAAGACAUACAAUUGAGGAAAGAGUUGAGAGACGAACAAACAAAGUUGCGUAUGUUGCAAGUUGAACUGAGUGUCGAAGACUUAAUAAAACAAAGGACUGCCAAAGUUUUUAAUGAAAAGUGUAGGAAAUAUUAUAAGCCGUUAUGAUCGGUGGAGAAAUUCUAUCUGGAAUUUUAUCCGAGUAGUAAUUAUGAUCGUUAAACAAUUUUUAUAUUCCUAUUGUAAGUAGAUCUCUUGAAUUGAAUUAUAAAUGUUGAAAAGCAAAA